AUUACGAGAUGCGCAUCUCGUAAUCCCUGUGUUGGCGCUGCGUUGGACGUAGGCCUCUCGAUUGCAGCCAACCCUGGAAGCUCCCCCCGCGUGGUUGUCUCUGUUUUCUUCAGCUGAACAGACGAGCCAAGACGAGACGAGUCGACACCGGACAAGACCACAUCAGUCAAUUAGGCUACGGUCUCGGAUUGUAGAGGAAUGAUUGAGUGGACGGUUUGGUGAUUUCGGAUGAUAGUGGCCCUGGCCUGGCCUCCUCAUCUCACGAGGUUUUGCAGUGCCAGGACGGGUGCCGUAAUCUCGUUACUAUCGAUGGCGAUCACUUUAUAACCAGCCUUUUAAAAUCUGUUUUGCGAAGUAGUCGCUCGGGCUACGCUUUUUCUCCGUUGGCUGCGUCUAGCGCUUUUCUGUGACGCGCCUGGGGUUGUGGCUUCGCAGUGGCGGUUCGCAUUGUGGUUGGUUUCGAGCUCAAGUUUGGUCGCGGUUCCGGAGCGAUAUUUCGUUUUCUUUUUUCUGAAGGAGAGUGUCGCAUUUAGGUAGGAUAGCGGUUCAGAGAGAGAGAGAGAGCGUGAGGGGGACAGAGAGAGUAGCUUUUGGUUGUAGUGAGGAGGUUGGAAGGUGAGGUUUGGAAUUUUUUAAACUCGUUGAGUUUGGAGCAAUGUCUGCCACGAAUCUCACGAUGUCUACUGGUAUUCCGGGCUCGUUUUCGAGCUUAAAGAAGAUGGACUCGUUGCCGGGGAGUUUGCAGCAACCUAUGGCGGUGGAAUUGAAAGGGAAGGUGAAGGUGCAGAGGAGUCGGACGUCGCGGGCUCAGAGGGUGCGCGUUGCUGGGGUGCGGAAUAUGGCACCCGAAGUAGUGGAAAUGGAACCUGCGUCUCAAGGCAGCCAGCUUUUAGUUCCUCGGCAAAAGUAUUGUGAAUCAAUUCACAAGCCUGUGAGGAGGAAGACCAGAACCGUGAGCAUCGGUGGUGUGACCGUUGGCAGCGAGCAUCCCAUUCGAGUGCAAACCAUGACCACCACAGACACAAAAGACGUGAAGGGCACUGUGGAGCAGGUAAUGAGGAUUGCAGACAGAGGAUGUGAUAUUGUGCGGAUUACGGUUCAAGGGAAGAAAGAGGCCGAUGCUUGCUAUGAGAUCAAGAACACUCUUGUGCAGAAAGGGUACAAUAUACCUUUGGUUGCUGACAUUCAUUUUGCGCCUUCUAUCGCGAUGAAAGUUGCGGAUUGCUUUGACAAGAUUCGUAUCAAUCCCGGCAACUUUGCUGAUCGGCGCGCUCAGUUUGAGAUAUUGGAGUAUACAGAAGCUGACUAUCAGGAGGAACUACGCCACAUUGAAGAGGUAUUUACACCUCUUGUAGAGAAAUGCAAGAAGCUUGGAAGGGCUAUGCGCAUAGGCACAAACCAUGGAAGUCUUUCUGAUCGCAUCAUGAGCUACUAUGGUGACUCUCCAAGGGGCAUGGUAGAAUCAGCCUUUGAGUUUGCACGUAUCUGCCGCAAACAUGACUACCACAAUUUCUUGUUUUCUAUGAAAGCAAGCAAUCCGGUCGUAAUGGUUCAAGCAUAUCGGCUUUUAGUAUCUGAGAUGUAUGUGAACAACUGGGACUACCCAUUACAUCUUGGUGUUACUGAGGCUGGAGAGGGAGAGGAUGGUCGCAUGAAGUCAGCUAUCGGCAUUGGUGCUUUACUUCAGGAUGGUCUCGGUGACACCAUACGUGUUUCAUUGACGGAAGCUCCUGAAGAAGAAAUUGAUCCUUGCACAAAGCUUGCAAACCUUGGCAUGAAGAUUUCUGCAGAACAGAAGGGGGUGGCUGAAUUCGAAGAGAAGCACCGGCGAUACUUUGACUUCCAACGAAGGACCGGCCAACUUCCACUGCAGAGGGAGGGAGAGUUGGUGGACUACAGAAACGUUCUGCACCGUGAUGGCUCUGUUCUGAUGUCAGUCACGUUAGAUCAGUUGAAGAAUCCAGAAGUUCUAUAUAGAGACCUGGCUACAAAGUUGAUCAUCGGUAUGCCUUAUAAGGAUUUAGCUACUGUGGACACGAUACUCUUGAAUAAGCUGCCAGAGGUUGCUGACAGGGCCUCGAGACUCGCUGUGAAGAGAUUGACAGAUGUCGGAAUAGGCGUGCUGACUCCCCUAGCUGAGCAACUUGCUAACCCUCUUCCACAUGCUAUGGCUCUCGCUACUCUCGAUGAAAUUAUUUCUGGAGCUCAUGAAAACCUGCCUGCAGGUACUCGUCUUGCAGUGACUCUUCGUGGAGAUGAACCUGAAGAACAGCUUGCUAAACUGAAGGAUUUGGAUCUCAUCAUGUUGCUACUGUACAUUCCAGAAGGUGAUGAGAAGUCAAGUCGUGUACAUGCGUCACGAAGGUUAUUUGAAUAUUUACAAACGAAUGAUAUAAAUUUCCCAGUCAUUCAUCAUCUUAAAUUCCCUGCAAAUACUCACAGGGACGAUUUGGUCAUCAAGUCAGGCAGUGAAGCUGGUGCUAUGCUUGUGGACGGCCUAGGAGACGGGGUAUUGUUAGAGGCAGCUGAUUUGGACUUCGAUUUCCUGAGGAAUACAUCGUUUGGCAUGCUUCAGGGAUGCCGGAUGCGGAACACAAAGACAGAAUAUGUGUCGUGCCCAUCUUGCGGAAGGACGCUCUUCGAUCUUCAGGAUGUAAGCGCGGAAAUUAGGGAAAAGACGGACCACUUACCUGGUGUUUCGAUUGCCAUUAUGGGUUGCAUUGUGAAUGGUCCUGGAGAAAUGGCAGAUGCGGACUUUGGAUAUGUCGGUGGCGCUCCUGGAAAAAUUGACCUCUACGUCGGCAAGGAAGUGGUCAGGAGAGGGAUCGCCAUGGAGAAAGCUACUAAUGAACUUAUUGGGCUCAUCAAGGAGCAUGGUCGUUGGGUAGAUCCUGAACCAUCGGAAGUUUAAGUAAGGAAAUUUUACGUUGAUGGUGAGGGAAGGAGUUCACAGCUUUUAGUAGAUGCAUUUAUUUAAGUCAAACACACAGCAAAUGUGCCCUUGGUUUCUUCUUAGAGGAAUGGUCUGUUCUACAUAAUCAAUUUCUACAUCACGUAGUUUAUUCCGAGUCAGAAGAAUAGAUAGAGUUGCUGUGUGGAGACGAUAAGUCGGCCCAGAGUAGGUUGAGAACUAAAACCCUUAAUGUAUUCAACACUUAAUAGCCUUAUCAUGUCUGGUGAAUUUGCAGACAAUCUACAUGACAAUCUACAUUUGCUGACAAAAAAAUUAAUGCAAACUUGACACCUAUGUUGUAAACGGA